AUGUCCAAGCAUCUAGGAAAGCGAAGCGCUCUGUCUGCCACUCCUUUAGUGAGAUGGUGUCAGCAACAAUUACAUCGGCUCCGAUCGCCCGGCACAAGCGACCAAGUGCGCUACCUGACCCGGACCGAGAAACGUGCCGAAGAUCUGCUCUCACCCCCGGACUCGCCCCCGCCGAGUUACGAGCUCCUCGUCGACAGCACCCCCCUUCCCCCCGCGCCCCGGAUCAGUCAUAUCCCCGCCGAUUGGCAACGCUCGAUGGGCCCUCAAAACUCCGUCCUCAGACGUAACUUCAACAAUCCCGACGAAAACUCCUUCAGAAGGGACCAAUUCGUCUGUUGA